GAAUGCAAAACAGUUUGUUUUGGCUCAAGCCAUAGAACGGUCGUUGAACGGGUUGUUAAAAAAAUUUCGGAAGCUGAAGUAGCUUCGAGACAAACAAAGAACAAAAAAAACCGAUUUACCGAAAAAGCAAAAAACAAACAAAAAGAACAAAAUUUCCUAAAAUUAAACACAACAUAAUUAGUAAGAAAAAAUUAAGUGUAGACAAUAAUAAAAUAAAUAUACAGAAGCAAGAACAGCAACAACAUGUGGAAAUUAAUAAUAAUUUUAAAUGUAAUCACAUCAUUAUUGUUGAUGGAAGCUUUAGCAAAUCAAGCAAUUUUUAAGGUGGCCAAAGGAAAUCCUUGCCCCACGGGCAAAAAGAAGAUGGAGGGGAAAUUUUCUCGAACCAUGCCAAUGACACCCAUAACUGACUCUCCGCUUAUAAUAACAGCCAGCAUAGCGGAAUUUAUAAAAUCAACUACGGCUAAGGAUAUUUUGGCCAUUAAUGAGACUAUGGCCACCACGACUACUAGCAGCUCCAGCAGUAGCUCAACAACAACAACUACUACAAACGCUCCAGCCACAGAGCCCCCGGUAGCAGCCACAACUGUUAAUCCUUUAGAGCUGGCUGCAAACACCACCACCACCACAGCAUCUUUGACUUCACCUUUAGCCAGCGUUAAUACCACUGAGCCUUUUGAUCCCUAUUGCACGCCUUCUUUAUGCGAAUUCUACAAUGGCACUCACUUCCAAGUACUGCCCCAUAUUGCUUGCCACAAUCCUGGCAAUUUUGCCCCAACUUGCGGUUUCCGGCCACACCUGCUGCACAUGAGCAAUCGACGUCGCAAUCUCAUUUUGGCUUUGCAUAAUUUGGCACGUUCCAAAGUGGCCUCCGGCCGUUUACCCGGCUAUAAUACAGCAUCGCACAUGCCUCUGCUUAAGUGGGACCCGGAACUGGAGCGUUUGGCAACAUUGCAUGUGAAACGCUGCCACUUUUCCCAUGACCAAUGUCGUAAUACACUACGUUUCGCUUAUAGCGGCCAGAACAUUGGCUACUAUUGGAUAGAACGCGAAUUCAUAACACAUUCACGCCGCAUGAAGAAUUUCAUUGUGAACUGGUUCAAGGAGUAUGUGGAUGCCAACCAAACGUAUGUGGACUCAUAUCAAGUACAUCCUGAGGGUAAACAAAUUGGUCAUUUUACACAAAUGGUUGCCGAUCGUGCACAUAAAGUGGGAUGUGGUGCCAUCCGUUAUCAUGAACCAGAUACGCCGAAAACCACGAGAUUUCUAAUGACAUGCAACUAUGAUUAUACGAAUAUUUUUGGAGAGCCCAUCUAUGAGAGUGGACCUACUGCAUCGAAAUGUCUUUACAAGGCUAGUGGUAAAUUUCCAGCUUUGUGUGAUUGGAAAGAACCGGUAUAUGAAUAUGAGAGUGAUCAUACUGAAGAUGAUGUUGAUGUUGAUGUCGAUGUAAAUGGCUACGAAGUUGUAGAUAAUGAAGUUAAAAAGUAAAAAAAUAAUGUUGACUAUUUGCAAUAUUGUUUUGAAUGAAUUGUUGUAUAUAAUUUAGUUAUAGUUUAGUUUUUAAAAUAAAAUUGUUGUUUUAUUAAUGAAA